AUGUCCCAAGUUGUUGCAAAAUCACCUGCUACAACUGCAGAGGGCUUUAAUGCCCGUCUCUUGUGGCCGGAUAUGAUCAGAACACCGCAUAAUAAAUGGGUUUAUACGUGCAGAGAAAUCGUCGACCGGCUGGGAAGCGAUCCCCAUUUGGCCACAGAGAUGAAACGGAGAAUGGAAAAGUGCCUGAUGUACUUUUAUGUUAUGAAAAAGCAGUUAAAGCUCUUUGACCAUACAUAUACAGCGGCUUGCAUUCUCUUUUUCAGAUACUGGUAUGUCUACGGACUGCCGCCAAAUUCAAUCGAAUGCAUUCACUUAUCACAAGCAUUACUUGCGACCGCUUGCAAGACGGUGGAGAACAACAGGCCUAUCGAUGUUUACGUCAAAGCAACUGGUGAAUUUCUACUAAAAGACAUCCCCACUGCCCGCAGCGGACAAAACCUGGAGAAACUCAAAUGGGAGCUCCGAGAUAAGCUUGUAGCGUACGAAAAACAAAUACUGUGUCAACUGGGAUUUGAUCUUAAUUUGAAUAAUCCGAAAGAACUCAUCGAAGAGAUCUUCAGCGGAUUUUUCCGUUAUAACAGAGACUUUGACUUGGACGAGCAUUUCAAAGUAACUCUUCCGGGAAUUAUCCAAGAAGCAAGGAAUUUCAUCAUUCAAGCUGGCACCCAGCCUGUAUCGCUACUUUGCGAUGGCUUUACCUUUACGGCACUGUCACUGGUGUUUUGUGGGUUACAGUUCAAGAAUAACAGCAAUCCAUCCUUCAAAUUUCCAAAGAACUUCUUUUCUCAACGAUUUCCUAUCAAAGCAAGUCCGCAGCUUUUCGUGGAUCUAUUGUCCGAUUAUAGAGUGUUGGAGCAGAACUUUUUCGAUCUUAAAAGUAAUAAAGGAGAAAAGCUUCGAGUGACGCUAGAUGUGAUGAACGAUCUUAUUGAUGAAGACGAAAGUGUCACUCAGUCUGAUCGGGAAAGUGACAGUGUCUUUGUAUAUGAGGACAUUAAGGACGGAAUUGUACGGGAUGACUUACUCAAAAGUAUAGAAACACGCGUCAAAGAUCUCUCAGCAAGAGUAAUAGCCCAAAGUGAAGCGAACUCAAAGCGAGGGCCAGUUGAAGCAGAUCAUGCUGAAAAUGUUGCCAAAAGAAGAAAACAGUAA